AUGGCUGCACCCGGCGGCCUCGGACCCCACGGUAUUGCAUGGCUUGCCUCCGGGCCGUUGGGAUCCAGAGCUGGCGAUGCCCAUUGGAUCGGCGACCACCAGCAAAGACUGGGGAGCGAGUGGGCUGGACGGUGCUCCCCACCCGUCAUCAUGGAAUCCUCCCAGAUUGGCGGCAAUGGCAGCCGACGGUUGGCAAACAACAAAAGCUUGCUCCGUCUGAGCCCGCAGACGCACACGGGCGACUCGACCGCUCGCGCUAUCUAUUGGAGCGUGCACAAGACGGAACACAGCCCCCCCGCCGCCGCUAUUCCCCGAGGUUCCCCAGGGCCGCAGGGCCGCAGGAGGAGCAAGGAGCGCGCUAAACACGGGAGCCUGCCGCCAGUCCGGCUUCGAAAGGCUUUCUGCGCAUACGUCUCUGGGGUUCGCCCAGACGACGACGACGACGCCGACGCCGACGACGCAAUGCCGCCCUUGCCGGCCCAGCAGACACGGACAGCAUGA